AUGGACUGUAACUUGUGCUUAUCCUCAGGCAUGAAAAUACUUUUGCUGUUAUUUGCACACUGUUUUAUAACAACGCUGACUGUCAACUUGGAUGGGUCGCCGGGAUCGUACAUCAUGUACCCGGCUUGGGAUGUAUGUUUUAACGAUUCUAUUUCAUUUGAAUUUAAAACGAAGAACGCCCAUUCGUUGCUUUUGUACGUGGAGAGGGGAGAGAACUUCCAAGAGCUCAAGUUAUACAAAGGAAGUGCCAGGCUUCGGGUCAGCACAAGGGAGGGAACUUUCAUCGUUCGGGCAGGCGAGGCAUUGAACGACAACACCUGGCACACUGUCCUGGUCAACCAGGUUGGGUCGCUAAUGUCCCUAAAAGUUGACAGUCUUGAGUAUACCCGCCACUUCUCUGAAGCCCUACAGCGCCACGGAGCUUCCCUCAGCAACCAGACGUUGAUCUUUGUCGGUGGACUACCCCUGGAGUAUGACAGCAUCAAGUUCUCAUCCUUGGCCUCUCCGGCCGUCAUCCUAGAGCCCAGAUUCCGAGGCUCUAUACGGAAUUUCUCCUACAGAAACUGUAAUGGCGAUAUGGUCAGUCUUGCGCCGCUGGGCUCCAGUGGGAUCCUAACACAGGAUGUGGAUCUGUGUGAGACCAAGAAUCCCUGCCUCAACGGAGGCAGAUGUCUGGCCACAGAUCAGGGAGCAGCCUGUGAUUGUUCCCUGCUGGAGUUCCACGGGCACUUUUGUGAAAUCCAGAAGACUCCAACAGACGCCACUUUUCUGGGGACCCAGUUUAUUUUCUACAACUUCUCCAACAAACGUGACGUCAUCGUCAGCAAUCAAGACCAGAUUUCGCUGCAUUUUCGAACCAAACAAGCCAGCAGCUUGUUAUUUCACUCAGGUAACACCAAGGAUUACAUCACAGUGGGACUCUACAAUGGUGCAGUGUUUGUGUCCGCCAACCUCGGCUCUGGGAUGUACCAGACACAGGUUCGAACCAGCGGUAGUCGCUGCGACGAUGAUCGCUGGCAUGACUUGGUCGUGCGUCGAGAAGCCAAAGAGCUGACUAGGGAUAAAGGUGUCUGCUAUAUUAGCGUGGAGCUGGAUGGGGUUCACCGGGAGCAUGGCAGUACAUCAGGGACGUUCUCCCGAAUGUCCAGCAAUGUCCUCUAUGUGGCGGGAAGUCCUCGCACAGACACACUUCCGGGUUCACGAGUCAGAAAUAAUUUCAAAGGCUGUCUAAAAAGGGUAAGUCUUAGUUACUGGGUUUAUACAUUCAUGGAAUCACAGCCGGUCACGUUCACCACACCCGAGUCACACGUCACUAUCUCUGCCUGGGAUAGACCAAGUUUGAAGAGAUCUCUGGCCUUUCAGCUGCGCACAGUGGAACCUCGUGGGCUGAUCUUGUACAGCAGUGGGGUCCCCAACAGCAACAACUUCCUGGCUCUGGAGUUGUUUGAUGGAUUCUUGUACCUCCUACUGGACAUGGGCUCAGGGGUUCAGAAGCUUCAAGCAAGCAAACUACCAGUUACUGAUGGAAUUGCACAUGACAUCCACUUUGAGUUUUCUGGGAAUCAAGGAUAUAUUUCCGUUGAUGGACACAGAGAGCAGUUUUUGUUCUCAGAAUCUUCUGAGAUGUUUCAUCUUGGAGAACUCUUGUAUGUUGGAGGUUUGGGCUCUGAAGUUGAUGCCACACUCUUGCCAAAAGAGCUAUGGGCUGCCAAACUUGAGCUGUUUUAUGUAGGAUGUGUCCAGGAUUUUGUUUUGAAUGGUCGCCAAGUAGAUUUAAUGGCGGCAGCUAAAGUGCAAAAUAGAACAGACGUAGAAGGAUACUGUAAAACUCUUGACCAUCAGUGCUGGAGUUUCCCUUGCAACCAUCAGGGCAAAUGUGUUGAAGGCUGGAACCGGUUCACCUGUGACUGUCGGGCUACAGGUUUCACUGGGAGUGUGUGUCAGACAGCUACUGUGACCUUGAGAUUCAAUGAAACUCAGUUUAUGAAAGUUUCCAUGGCAACACAGCUAAUUACGGAGGUAGAUGAUAUUUCACUGAGGUUUCGAACAAAGCACCCAACUGGCCUUCUCUUUGUGGCCACUGGCCAGACAGAUGGUAAAAUGGAGCUGCAUCUAGAUGAUGGUGUUCUGUACUUAUCCUUCACCUUGGGUGGGGGUGCCAAGGUUUUGUCCACUGGUCAUGCACUGCAUGAUAACGUUUGGCACACAGUUUUUAUCAGACGCAGACUUCAAACUGUUGAACUUGUCAUAGAUCAGGAAAGAUCUGUCAAAGAUGAGCUGCCUGGACAAAUCAAAGAACUGAGUUUUCUUAAUGUGGAAGUGGGUCAUCUGGCACGGCCAGAUUUUGGAUCAGGGGACCAUCGCCUGGGAUUUGUCGGUUCCAUGCAGUCGUUCAUUUUCAAUGGCAAGGAUUUGUUUCAGAUUAUGAAGUCAGAUGUGAAGGACAAAAUUGAAAUUUCUGCUCACUUCAGUUCUGAUGAGCAUUCUGUGUUGAAACCAGUGACCUUCAAAUCUGCAGAGACGUACGCCAUUUUGUCACAGUUACAAUUUGGGGACAAACUGGCAAUUACCUUCCAGCUAAGGACCACAGAGCCCACAGGCUUGAUUCUUUAUUAUGGCGGGGAAGAACCAGAUUUCUUUGCCUUGGAAUUGUUUCAGGGAUUUCUGUUCUAUGUCUAUGACAUGGGAGGAGGUCCUCAACGUGUGAAAGCCAAUGUGACCCAUCCACUGAAUGACAACAAAUGGCAUGAGGUUUUCCUGCUACGAACAGAGACACACAAGCAUCUUCUAAGGGUAGAUGGUACUCCUCCAACAAUAGAUGAUCUUGCAAGUGUCAAAAAUCACAAACUUGACCCAGGUGGCCUCCUGUACAUUGGAGGGGUCAGCAAGAAAAUGUAUUCACAAUUCUCCAAGGUCAUAUACUCCAGGCAUGGCUUUGUUGGUUGUCUGGGCUCGCUGGAUCUCAAUGGCUUCCUGCCAGAUUUGGUUCAGGAUGCUAGCCCAAUUCAUGGAAGUAUUGAGUAUGGAUGUCAGGGUCCUGUGGUCAGAUGUGCAGCUCAUUCAUGUGCAAACAAUGGCAAAUGUGUUCAGCACUGGACGUCGUACAAGUGUGACUGUGACAUGACCUCAUUUACUGGACCUGUGUGUAAAGACGAAGGUGUAUCUUACAAGUUUGGACCAGGGCCAGGAUUGCUGACAUUUAUGUAUCCUGAAGGUCAGCAGCCAUCUACCAGCUAUGACAGUCUGGCGUUUGGGUUUCAGACUUUCCAGGAUGAUGCAACGUUGAUCAGGAUUGAUAGUAAAACCUUUGAUGAUUUUGUUCACAUAGAACUGGUGAAAGGUCAUGUUCAUGUGUCUUACAAUAUGGGGACAGUGAAACACCACGUGGCUCAUUACCAUAAAAAUGUGAACGAUGGCAGGUAUCACGUUGUUCGCUUCACACGGACAGGGUCGGACACCACAUUGCAAGUGGAUGCCAAUACACCACAAGUGAAAAACCCUACAGGUCACCAGAGCCAUAUAUUCAACAACCAAGCUUCAGUCAAAAUAGGAGGCAGAAAAGUCAAUGGAAGCAUUGUUGAUCAUUUUGAGGGAAUCAUCUCAGACUUGCCAGCAGAUGAAGUUAUUGAUGAGAUGCAGUCUACAGAAGGG